ACAUACAUCAAUUCAUUCUUUGUCACCUAUGCAUUUGCAAGUGCAUGAUGCGCAAUACAUAUAUACUCUUUUCAGGAAGUCGAGGAUAUGUUCCAGGCACUUCCGGGAUGGAAAACCCACACUGCUAAACCCCUAUCCUACAGAACAUCUAGGAUAUGCUGCCAAGCCACCCUCCACACGAAAGCCACCCGCAGACAGAAAGACCCCCCCAGCAAGAAAAUCAAGGAAGACCCCCCCAGCAACAAAAUCAAGGAAGACCCCCCCAGCAACAAAAUCACCUGCAGCUCAACAUCAGCCUACAUCAUCUCAUAAUCAACCAGCAUCUGAGCCUCACACAAUGGACCAUACCUACUUCACACCCCAAACACCAGUAACAACAGCUACAGUUUCAACUGAUUCAGAACUAAGUGAACACAACUACUGUGGCCAGGAGCAGGAGACUGUCUGUCGAAACUGCCAAAAACUGCGGGAAGAAAAUUCAAAUCUGAAAAAGAAACUCGAAGAAGGAAAACGUGGACAUGUGGAGAAAACAAACAUGAAACCAAAAGCUACCGAACUAAUCGAUCGUUUUGUUGGUUCCGAUAAAAAAGUGUGCCAGAAUACCGGUCUCCAGAACAAAGAAGCUUUGGACAGUUUGUACAAAUCAGUUGAAAAGAAGGUGAGCAAGCUGCGGUAUUGGAGGGGGACGCACGCUGUCCAUAUGAAAAAGGGAGUCAGAAAAUUCAGCCAAAGCCCCAAAAAGUCUGGACCAACUCGGAAGCUGAGCAGUAGGGAGGAACUGAUUCUGGUGCUAAUGAGGCUACGGCUGGGAGUCACCAACACUUUGUUAUGUGAUAUCUUUGGGAUAUCACAAGGCCUGUGCUCAAAGAUAGUAAACACGUGGAUACCCUUUCUAGCAUCCCAUCUUAAGUCGCUGAUUUUCUGGCCGGCUAAGGAAACCAUUCUCCAACAUAUGCCCCCGGGUCUUGGAAAGAAGUACCCACAGCUAAGGUGCACGAUAGACUGUACAGAGAUCUUCAUUGAAAAACCCAGACUCCUGACCCUGCAACAGAACACGUGGAGCGACUAUAAGAGACACAACACCGCAAAAUACCUGAUUGGAAUCACACCAAAUGGCACCAUCUCCUUCCUCUCUAACGGUUAUGGUGGAAGGUCAUCCGACAAAAACAUUGUACUGGACUCUGGGUUCUUGGACCUGGUAGACCCAGGAGAUGUCAUCUUAGCAGACAGGGGAUUCCCAAUCAGCAGUGAACUGCUACAACGUCAAGCCCACCUGGAAAUCCCACCCCCAAGUUCAGGAUGGACACAGCAAACAAGGGAGGCAGUCAGCAAAACUAAGCAGGUGGCAAACGCAAGAAUCCAUGUGGAGAGAGCAAUAGGACGUGUCAAAUGGUUUGCUUUCCUGAAAAGAACUGUGCCUCUCAACAUGGUACCACUGCUGGAUGACAUUCUUGUUAUAUGUGCUGCACUGUCCAACCUCAGACCACCACUCGUCGGAACCUAAUGUUACAGGUGGAGGAGCAUGUGGACUGUCCUCAGCAGGAUGGGCUGUGUCUGUAGAAGCAGAGUUGGAGACAACACAUGCAGAUUCCAUUGAGUCAUCCUCACCUGUGUGAAGAAAGGGAAAACAGUAUUGCAUCAUAGAGUAAAAAGAAAUCCCUUUUCCCCCCCAAACCUCACACCCAUAGUUGGUCAUCUGAAAUAAACUACAAAGUCAGGGCCAGCAAACAGAAAGACUUAUAUAGAAGAAUA